CACUCGUUCCGUUUUGGGAGAUGAAAACAUUGUGCUGGAAAUAGUUAGAUCGCCGAAAUAAGCGACUUGCAAAGGUUUUCCAAGCAGAGUUGUACUUCAGAAGCAUUCAUUCGUUUCGUAAGAAAGCCUGUGGCCAUGUCGAGUCAGAUGGAAAAACAUCUCUUUAAUUUAAAGUUUGCCGCCAAGGAUUUAGAAAGAAAAUCCAAGAAAUGUGAAAAAGAAGAAAAAGCAGAGAAAUUGAAGUUAAAGAAGGCCAUUCAAAAAGGAAAUUUAGAAGGAGCAAAAAUACAUGCUGAAAAUUCCAUUAGACAAAAGAAUCAGGCAUUGAAUUUUAUGCGACUAAGUGCAAGAAUUGAUGCCACAGCUUCACGAGUUCAGACUGCUGUUACCAUGAAACAGGUGACAGGAUCAAUGUCCGGUGUAGUGAAAUCAAUGGAUUCAGCCAUGAGAUCUAUGAACCUAGAAAAGGUAUCUGCUCUGAUGGAUAAGUUUGAACAACAGUUUGAGCAUCUUGAUGUACAAUCCAGCUAUAUGGAAAAUGCAAUGAGUGAUACCACAACACUCACAGUACCACAGGGACAAGUAGAUAGCCUCAUGCAACAAGUUGCUGAUGAAGCAGGGUUGGAAUUAAACAUGGAGCUACCAGCUGGGCAACAAAGUCAGCCAAUUGGUACAGCUUCUGCCGCUUCUGCCGAACAGGAUGAGUUGUCACAGAGGCUGGCAAAACUUCGACAGUCUUAAAGAGUGUCACAAGUUUACAAUAACAUUUGCAGAAUUUAUGCUAGUUAUUAAUCUCUUCUCUGGAAUACUGGUCGUAAAAUCGAUCAUGUUUAACUCGUUGUAGAAAGGACUUGAUGCUACUGCUUUUAAUAUCUGAUUUUGUUGCAUGAAUCUAUAUCACAUUGAAUUGGCUGAAAAUGGAAAUCAUUGAUAAGUCAACGAUUAAAAUAUUUCAUCGCACAACCAAUACAAUAGACUAGAUGGGCAAUAUCAUGUCAAGUUCUUCAUUGUCCUUACUGUUUUCAAAUUUGGUCAGGUAAAUCAAUAUUGCUGUGGAUCCCUUUUGACGUUUCUGUGGGGGAUUUUCAUUUUUAGAUCAUGUAUUGCUGUAAAAUAACAACUUGAGACAAUUAUGUUAAGUAGUUUAAAUUAGUCUCUCUCUUUAGGAAACUGAAAUAAAGGAAAGUGAACAUUUUACAUCAAAACACAGUUGACAGUUCUCUGAGUAUACAGCUGAUACAUUUUAGUUAAGACUCAAGUGGCUCAGAGUAAAUUAAAUACUACAAACCACAGGCCGUUUAGGUAUACCGGUAGAUGCCGGUUUCGCCCCAUGGCGAGUUCGCCCCCACAUCGACUCAACUAGCGAUUAAGUGCUCAAAAGUUAUCUUUCUCUUACUGAGAAAAAAAGACAACAUUGUGCGCAUGAUGAAACAAAAUCACACGAAACUUGUUUAUUUCUCGUUCUUUAAUCCAUUGAAGGUGAAGGCAAACUCGAAAAUAAAAAGUUUAGAAUAAGUUCAGGGGUGCGAACUCGGUGGGGCGAACUCGCCAUGGGGCGAAACCGGCAUCAUUCGGAAUAAUCACUUAGCUUUAAAACAACAUCACUGAGCAAUGUUAAAGGAGUUUCCUCUAGAACUUUAGAAGUAAAAAGCUCUUGAAGUGUCCA